AUGCUUGGUAAACCAGUUGAUACUAUUGUUAUUACAUCCGAUACAUUUUAUCGGAUACCUAGUGAUAGAUGCUUUGGGAUCUUUUUCGCAUUUGUUCUCCAUGGCCUUGGUUGUUUUUUACCAUGGAAUUUAUUAUUUCACAGUUAUGAAUAUUUUGUUUGUUGCAAAUUUCUUGGUGAUGAUUCGGAUAUUUAUCGCCAAUAUUUCUUGAGCUUUUGUGCUCUAGCUGCUCUACUUGCGGCUUUAGUCUCUACUGGUAUUGGCCUUUUCAUCGGCUUCCAUGGAGAUACAAAGCGACGGAUUAUUCCAUCAAUUGUUGUGCUUAUUAUUAUGUUCAUUUUACAGGUGCUAUUUGCUAUAUUUGAUGCUCGCGAUUCUUCAGGUGUUUUUCUCUGUAUAACGAUUCUUAAUAUUGUAAUUAUUGGAGCUUUUAUUGGCCUUUAUCUAUCAAGCAUCUCAGGCAUUGUUUCAUACUUUCCUGACCGAUAUGUCAAUGCACUCGUUAUAGGCACAUCACUUGGCAUUUUGAUUGCUAUUUGUAGUAGAAUCGCUUUUAAAUACUAUUCGAAUGAUCCAAGAGUGACUGCAAUCUAUUUUCUUGUCUCUGCUAUUGUUACGCUUCUAUUUUGCUUUGACAUCUAUUUUGCAUUUCCCUAUUCGCGAUUAUUUCGAUUUUAUCAUUCAUCAAUCAAAAUCGACUUAUUAAAUACAACAAAAGGACGUUUACUUCAUGUUCCAUAUGGAAAGGCGUUGAAACAAAUUUGGCUUCCAUGUUUAUCUAUUUGGUUACAUUAUUUUUCUACGGUUACUCUUUUUCCUAGUAUUCUCAGUCAAGUACAAAGUGUUACACCAAACUUUCUUAAUUUAAAUCUUGCGUUUGCCGAUGGAGUUGUUCUAUUCAAUUUUGCUUUAUUUAAUCUGCUUGGAAAUUUUCUUGCAGGUUGCAUUAAAAAACCAUAUUCACGAUGGAUAUCGGUUUUUGUCUUUUUACGUGCUAUACUAGCACUGAUUAUAUGUCUGUUCGUUAAUUUUGAACCAUAUUCACGACAUAAUUUACCAGUAUUGAUUCAUAAUGAUUAUAUUUUUAUGACACUUGUCAUCGUCUUUGGAUUUACACAUGGAUAUUUUAAUUCACUUUUACAAAUGUUAACAACAAAAUCGGUUGAACCUCAUCUAUCAACUACAUCGGCUGUUAUCUUACAAUUAUUUAUAUUUGCCGGUUGUUUUUUUGGUAUUAUUGGUUCAUUUGUAUAUCAUUUUAUAGCAACAUUAUCUUAA